GGGAUUUCUUUCAAUCCAUUAAAGAUGAGCAUGACAGAAAAACCACCCGAGAAAAGUAAUGAAGAAAAAUGUCGUCAAAUGGAGCAAAAAGUAAAUGAGCUCUUGAAAGAAAGUAUUUUUGCAUGGGAAAAAGGCGACAUGAAACAGGCACUUGAAAAAGCUAAAGAAGCAGGUCGACGUGAACGUACGAUUGUGAAAAUGCGUGAACAAUUAUCAAUUGUAGAGCAACUCAAUUUAGAUCUUACAUUUACAGUAUUAUUUAAUUUAGCUCAUCAGUAUAUGGCGAAUAAUUUAUUGACGGAGGCAUUAAAUACUUAUCAAAUGAUUGUGAAAAACAAAAUGUUUGCUAAUUCUGGUCGUUUAAAAGCAAACAUUGCUAAUAUUUACUUCAAACAGAAGGAUUACAAAAAAGCUAUCAAACUUUAUCAAAUUGCUUUGGAUCAAAUACCGAAUUCACAAAAGAAUACCAGGAUUAAAAUAAUGAAUAAUAUUGGUGUUGCAUUUAUUAAAUGUGGUGAAUAUGAUGAAGCAGAUAGUACAUUUGAACAUUGCAUGAAUGAAAAGGGUAAUUAUAAUACAGCACUUAAUUUUAUUCUUACGGCAUAUUGUUUAAAUGAUAUUGAUAAAAUGAAGGAUGGAUUUCAACGAUUAUUGGAUAUACCACUUUUGAUUGAUGAUGAAACGAAAUAUAUGGAUCAGCAUGAUUACCUAAUUUCACAAAUGAUUAGCAAUGAUUCAUUAAAGCAGUGGGAACGUCAACGACGAAAUGUUGCAGAAAAAACAAUUUUCAUUGCUACAAAAAUUAUUUCAUCAGCCAUUGCAUCAACAGUAUCAGAUGGUUACAAAUGGUGUGUGGAAGCAAUUCGACAAUCAGUUUAUGCGCCAUUAGCAAUGGAAAUUGAAAUGAGCAAAGUGGUCGUAUUACUUAAACAAGGUGACAUAACGAAUGCAACAAAAGUAUUAAUGUCAUUCAACAACAAGGAGGAUAAGGUAGCAAGCGCAGCAGCAAAUAGUCUUGCUGUAAUAAAUCUUUUACAAGGAGGACCAAAAUUGGAAGAAGCUAUACAAUACUCUGAACAAGCACUUUCUGCUGAUCGUUAUAAUGCUAAUGCGUUGGUAAAUCGCGGGAAUAUUUUCUUCGUACUAGGUGAUCUAGAAAAAGCUGCACAAUACUAUAAGGAAGCAUUAAGUAAUGAAGCAUCAUGUUUACAAGCACUUUACAAUCUUGGCUAUGUUCAACGUUUACAAGGCAAAUUAGAAGCUGCACUGGAAUGUUUCUAUAAAUUGCAUAAUAUUUUAUUAAAUAAUGUUCAAGUACUUUGUCAACUUGCUUCAAUUUAUGAAUUAUUGGAAGAUACAGCACAAGCAAUAGAAUUAUAUAGUCAAGCAAAUAGCUUAGCUCCUACAGAUCCUGCGAUAUUAUCGAAAUUGGCUAGUAUUUAUGAUGCCGAAGGUGAUAAAAGCCAAGCGUUUCAGUGUCAUUAUGAUAGUUAUCGAUAUUUUCCUUCUAACAUUGCUACAAUUGAAUGGCUUGGAGCGUAUUAUAUCGAUGCUCAAUAUCCGGAAAAAGCGGCAACUUAUUUCGAAAAAGCUUCGAUCAUGGAGCCAAAUGAGAUUAAAUGGCAAUUGAUGAUGGCAUCAUGCUUACGACGUUCCGGAAAUUAUCAAAAAGCAUUUGAAUUGUACCAACAAAUACAUGGAAGAUUUCCGGAAAAUAUUGAAUGUUUAAAAUUUUUGGCAAGAAUAUGUACCGAUCUUGGAAUGCCUGAAGCUAAGGAAUAUAUGGAAAAGUUAUCAAAGACAGAAAAGGUACGUCAAUUAAGAAUGCAACGUGAAGUAGAUUCUAGUCAACGAAGGCAUUGUACGCCGCUAAUUCAAUCAGGAGAUAAUUUUGCGCAAGGUAAUAAUGGACAAUUAUCCAAUUCACACUCACAACUAAAAACAGCAAGCGUUCGUUUAACGUCUGAUAACGAUGAGCAAUAUCACGUUCCACGCAGAGAAAUGAGUCCAGCUGACUAUACUUAUAGCGACCCUCUCGGACCAGCACCACCUCGACCACGAACAGGUAUACGACGCCCAGAUACCGAAAAUAUGGAUUCAUUUGAUGAACAAUUCGAUGAAUCAUUAUUACCUGAGUAA